UGAAUUUUGUUUUCUCUGUUCGUUUUUUCGGAACUGAACUAUACUAGUCUGCCGGUUCCUACUCCCCGCCAGCUGGUGGCAGUAAUGCGCCAGACAGUUGUUUGCCAAGCGCGAUGAACUAAUCCGAAGAAGAGGCGGAAGACGCGAAGAAGCGCGGGCUGGCCCCCGUCGUGGAUGGGGUGGUCUAGUUGUCCAACACCGGGGGACAUCUUGUUGGACGCGUCACGUGACCAGUCUUCUCUGAAGCGUCUUCUAGCGUUCCGGUUGUCUCGUCACCGGCCGGCCCGCCUUCUCGCCCGUCAGGGGUCGUUCACACGGAGCUAACGGCGUCGGCGUCUCUCACCGGAAACCACGAUGGAGUCCACUUACAACGCCAAAGACGAGGACGGACACGUGAGCGUGUCCGGGCCGGGCGACGGCUCUAUGAAGAACAGGAAGCCCGACAACACCGCCUUCAAACAGCAGAGACUUCCGGCCUGGCAGCCUGUCCUCACCGCCGGCACCGUCCUGCCGGCCUUCUUCUUCAUCGGCCUCCUCUUCAUCCCCGUUGGCAUCGGCCUCUACGUCACGUCCAACAACAUCCGGGAGUUCGAGAUCGACUACACGGGGAUCGACAUGUCCAGUCCCUGCUUCAACUGCUCUCAGAAUGUCAGCUGGAACAGCACCCGGCCUUGUAGCUGCUCUUUACCCUUCCACCUGGACCACCCAUUUGAAAGCAACGUCUUCAUGUAUUAUGGUUUGUCCAACUUCUACCAAAACCACCGGCGCUAUGUGAAGUCCAGAGAUGACAGCCAGCUUAACGGGGACGGCGAAUCCCUCCUGAAUCCCAGUAAGGAGUGUGAGCCAUAUGCGCGCAAUGACAACAAGCCCAUCGCCCCCUGUGGAGCCAUCGCCAACAGCAUGUUUAACGACACACUGGAGAUCUUUUAUAUUGAUCCCAAUGGCACCAAGGUCCUGAUUCCUAUGAUGAAGAGGGACAUCGCCUGGUGGACCGACAAGCACGUAAAAUUCAGGAACCCUGGAGGGAACAACCAGAACGUCACGGCUGUUUUCCAAGGCACCACUAAGCCGCUGAACUGGCACAAGCCUGUGUAUGAGCUGGACCCUGACCCCGAGAACAACGGCUUCAUCAACGAGGACUUCAUCGUGUGGAUGAGGACCGCCGCUCUGCCCACCUUCCGCAAACUUUACCGCAUCAUCCAGAAGAAGAACAACCUGGUACCCACCCUGCCACGGGGCAACUACACCCUGGAAGUCACCUACAAUUACCCCGUCCGCAGCUUUGAGGGCCGGAAGCGCAUGAUACUGAGCACCAUCUCCUGGAUGGGCGGGAAGAAUCCCUUCCUGGGCAUCGCCUACAUCACCGUGGGCUCGGUCUGCUUCUUUCUGGGUGUGGUCCUGUUGAUCAUCCACCACAAAUAUGGCAGCCGGAGCAAUAGUGCUGACAUCCCGAACUAAGACUUAGGACACGUUCCAGGGAGCCUGAGGGCUGUAUUUUAACAGUCUAAGCGCACGGUCUAAAGUGCAUGGCGCAAGUGCAUUUUAAGGCGUGUCCAGAUCCACUUUUGCUAGUUUAACGGCGGAUAAUCUGAGUGCAAAGUAAGGCGCUUGGUUCAAAGGGGUUGUUGUACUUAGUCUCUUAAUUAACCAUAGGUGUGUUUUGGGGGUAACAUGAAAUAAACCAAUCUGUGUCAUCUCCCAUUCAUUCUCUUUAGAAACCAGGUGUGCUUGCAACUUGGCAGAUUGCUAUUAUAAUGGUGGAUUAGCCAAGUAAUAGUAAAGUUAUGCACCUGCCUGUGUAGGCGCGUAUUACUAUCUUAAUAAUACGCCCUUAAAAUAACAGUAAAAUACUGCGCCAUUGACUUAAAGCCAGGUUUUUGUUGGUCAGUCACACAAUCGCUUUCUGCUGCCUCAAUAUAGCAUUGCGCUAACAGUGUGCCUGACUGCACAACACACCCAUGGGCGCUUAGAUGGGCGCAAGUACGUUUGCUAUUCAAACAACAUGGAUGCUGGAUGGGAAAAUGACAACUGCGUCGGUCUGAAACUAGCAAAGACACUUGCGUUGUGCUUACUGCUGCUUUGCGCCAGGUGUAAGAGUGUCAGGCAAGGUCAUGUGACACAUCCAGGACGGGGAAUUUUUUUUUUUUUUUUAACCACAAGCUUGAAUACUGAUGGCUGGUCACCCAUCCAGAGUGGCUGAGGUUAAGGUGAUGAAGGUAACAGCGAUGGUUGAAGUUUAAUUUCCCCCCCCUGGACAGACGAUCAGCUCAGUAUCGCACUGACGUGGCGUUGUGGUCUGUUGCCUUUAGUGUCUAAAACUUGUUUGCAAGGUUCCUACGCACAUCUGGAAAAGGAAUUUCAUAAUUUCCCGGUUUGGAAGGGUUUGGAAAUUACACAAAAUCGUAUAAACUCCUCAUUUAUUGCUAUGUAGUUGUCCCUCGCUGUCUUUUAAAAUAUCAUGAUAGAUUACGUGUGUUAAAUGUUUUUUCACCUAGCUACUGUGGAGGACCAUCCUCUAUCACCGCGAAUCACACGAACCACCAUCAAUCUUCAGAACCAUUCCAGGAAUGAUCAUUUAAUAGCGAACGUGUGUAGUUUUGAAACGGUGAGGAAUUUUCCAGAUUUGCGUAGGAUAUGCCAGGCACUGUGAGACCUGGCUGCAUUAAAGACUUGCGAUGCAUGCUUUGUUAAGCUGCAUGCUGACAGGCAGAGAUUUGGAUCUUCUCAGCGAGCUACUAGACCAGCUUGUCUUCUGUGCCAAGUGAUGCUUAAGAUCCUGGCUUGCUUUUUAAUUUAUCUUAAAGUGCUUACCGAGUAUUAGUGCUGUAAGAUGUUGUGAGAAUGUUUUCAAGCUUCAGAGAGCAGAAAUGAACCUUCACAGCUGUAAAACAGUAAGUUGUCUGUCUUGCAUUAUUUUGGCGUUCUAUGGAAAUGAGCUUAAGCUGUCACAAACACCACAAAGCCGGGAUUUGCACGCAAAGCCUGAUUGAGGCUUUUCCAUUAUUGGUUCAUUUUUAAAGUUUGUCUUCCUGGCGGAGAGUAACUUGAAACUCAGUGUGAGUGUAAGCUCAGUGUGUAGUUCUACUUCUAAAACAUUCAUAUUGCAAUGCUGCUUUAUUAUUUUCACUUUACCUAGAUAAUGAAUAAAACGUUUUAGUAUUAGCUCAUUAUCGGCAUUUUAUUGGAGAAAUAUUGUAAUAAAUUAUUACGUUUUUGUUUUUUGCCAAAUGACAUUUCUGGUCCCUUUGCGCUGCAGAUGUAACCUGACACGUGCAAGAGAUGUUCUCUAACUUGUGUUCGAUGUGCCAUUUCCCCCUCACUGUUACACUUGUUGCUUAUAAUCUGCCUCAUGUAGUCUGCACCUCUAUGUUCUCAUUAUCUUAUGUAAUGUAGCCUGCACCUCUAUGUUCUCAUUAUCUUAUGUAAUGUAGCCUGCACCUCUAUGUUCUCAUUAUCUUAUGUAAUGUAGCCUGCACCUCUAUGUUCUCAUUAUCUUCUGAUGUAAUGUAGCCUGCACCUCUA